UCACGACCAACUUUCAUUCAACAAAGGCCGCAAUUCCAAGGAUCGAACUUCCAACAACCCUACCAAGUACAAGGUGUACAAGGGUUUCGACAACAACAAUAACCCGACAAGCUAUCCAAACUUUAAGACCUUGUGAAUACCUUUGUGAGCACGAGUGCUCAGAAUUCAAGAAGAUUGAGCAAUUUAUGGAUGUGGCAACUACCAAGUUUACCUCGGUUGAGGCGGGACUCCAAAGCCAUCAAGCAGGCCUUCAAAAUUUGGAGGUGCAAAUCAGCAAUCUUGUCGGGAUCCUCACCGAGAGACCAAAGGGAGCCCUACCCUCUCAAACCGUUGCCAACCCCAGAUAUCAAGCCGGGUGCAAUGCGAUUUACUUUAGGAGCGGGAAGGUGACUCCGGGAGUUGUUGCUAAGGAAGUGGUUGAGAAGGAAGUCUCCAACCCCAAGGAUGGAGAUGAGGAGCCUUCGAAGGGAGAGAAAGAAGUGGCAAGGAAGACAUUGCCAACGCCAUCUCCAGUGGCUAAGUACAAGCCACCUCUUCCUUUCCCCACAAAGGUGUACAAGGAGAGGUUGGAAGCGGAAUGUGGGGGCUUCAUGGAGAUGUUCCGAAAUCUCCACCUCAACAUCCCCUUCCUCGAAGCUAUGGCUCACAUGCCAAGGUACGCAAAGUACCUCAAAGGAUUCCUCACCAAGAAACCGAAGUUCGAAGACCUCGCCAAUGUGACUCUAGGCGAGGAGUGCUAGGCCUUAAUCCUCAACCGGUUUCCCUAGAAGGGACCUGAUCUAGGUAGCUUCACUAUCCCUCUUAGUAUUGGUAACCAUCACAUAGAAAAUGACUUGGCAGAUUUAGGAGCAAGUGUGAAGGUGAUGCCCUAUAAGCUAUUCAAAAUGCUAGACCUAUGUGAACUCAAGACCACUAAGCUUAGUGUCACACUAGCCGACCGCUCAGUCAUUGAUCCUAGGCGCAUUGUGGAGGACAUGCUAGUACGAGUGGGCAAGUUUUGCUAUCCGACGGAUUUUGUGAUACUUGAUAUAAGUGAGGAUUCGGAUAUGCCACUCACACUAGGACGUCCCUUCCUUGCCACCGCCAAUGCAUUAUAACUCUUGAAAUUUAACCUAAGGCUGGGAAUGAGGAUGUGAAGGAAUUGGUGUAAGAUGAUUUGAAUGUGAGUGGAGGAGAGCCUCUCAAGGCGAACCCCAAUAUUACUUGUGUUGCCUGUGAUGAUGUUAAGUAGGAAGUUAAGGAGGGUACUAUGCCUAGAGAGAGGAAGAAGAAAGCUUGGAGGGAGAAGAUGAAGCAAGCUUUGGCCUGAAAGAAGGAGAAGGGCAAAGCUAAGUUUGUCGGCCAAGAAGGCCACCUUAUGGAGCUUAAGUUGGGAGGCUACAUGCCUUGCCCCGAGAACGUGGCGGAUCCACUCUCGAUGGUAUCAUGUCCCAAAGAAUGAUAGAUCUGCAAUGUCAAGCUAGUGACGUUAACUUAGCGCUUGUUGGGAGGCAACCCAACGGAGGUUUGUUUUCUUUUUCUUAUUUUCGUGUUUUUGUGUUAAGUGAAGAGUUCAAGUGGUCGAGUGGUAUCCCAGUGCCAAGUUUUGUGGUUUUGCGUUUUAAGGUUGUGUUGUGAUCAUUAGGAGGCACGUUGGAAUAGGUUGAGUCAAAAUUUUCUCAGAAGUCCCAUGUUUUCACUCGAGUUCACGGACGAAUUUGAGUGUUCACGGUCUUACAAGACCAUGAACAAGCAAACGCGUCCGUGAACCAGGCACUUCUGAAUGUGCACCACCAGUCGACCAACCCCAGUUGACGGACGGACUUGAGUGUUCACGGUCUUUAAGAGCAUGAACAAGCCAAUGCGUCUGUGAACGCUGUGCUUUGCCCAUAAAAGGGGCGUGAACGG